AUGGUUACUACAUAUGGUUGCCGGACUGUUACAAGUCGAACUACAUCGGAUUAUUCUCUCAAUAUAUUUAACAUUUUACCAAUGGAUCCACAAGAACAGCCAGAAGAAGAUCAGUCAAAUGUGAGUGAUAGAGCGGAAGAUCAGAAGGAACCAGAACAUACAAAAGUCACUGAGGAUAAUCUCCCUCAAGUGUUAUCUCAAAAUGAAGAAUCCCCUGUUAACAGAGUUGAUGAGAUGGAUACUUCUGCUCAAGAAGAAACACACCAUGAAGAGCCUCUGGCAGAACAAGAUCAGGGAGAAGACCUUCAUCCUGGAGGAGAAGAUCAAGAGUUUGAAGAAGAAAGUAAAGAGGGAAGCAAAAAAUCUCCUGAAGAUGUUUUGGCUGAAACUGAAGCUGUCACCACAGAAUUUACAAAAGAGUCCUCUGAAACAUAUCAGGCUGAGAAAGUGAUGGACGAGUCCACUUCUGAAGCUCUCGUUGAAAUUGAGCCAAACAACACUGUGGUGGUGAAGGACAGUAAAGUAGGCAGUGAUGAACCAGUGGAAGUGAAACCAUCACCGGAUGAUGAAAGGGACAGAGAAACUUCUGAAGCAGAGAAAACAGAAGAUAUAGAUAUGCCAAAGAAAAGCAAAGAAGACAUGACGAGUGAAAGCAAGGAAAAUGUAGCAACAGAAGAUUUGUCUAUGUCGGAUAUACCUGAUCCAAAUGCAAGUGUCACAGUGAAAGUUAAACUGUUGCCCACAGAACAAGUAAUUACUGUGCCCAGUGUGUUGGGCCAGACAGUAGGAAAACUACUGGAAUUUUUGGCAGGAAAGUUAAAAAUGGAUCCAGAAGAAAUUGUAAUGCUUCAUCAAAGAGUCAUAUUGGAUGACUUUAUGACGUUAAGCCUUCUUGGAGUUGCAGCCUAUGGCACCAUCCAAUUAGAAUUACAAUCUACAGAUCCUGAAAAUAAUCCUAUAAAACUUUACAAAAAAUUAAGUGGACUUGAAUUACUACUAGAUAUUCUUAGCGUUAAUGUUCGUGAAGAAAAUGGUGAAAUACGAACAGUUUUAGUUGAAGUUGACAAUUCCAACAUAAAGAAACCAUUUCUUGGUGGAUUUCGACAUAAGGUCAAUGGGAAAGAGUUUCAUAAUGCUUCAGUCCAGACAGUGAAAAAGCCUCGAUUCUGGCCAGAAAAUGUUAGAUUCUCCAGAUCAACCCAGACAUAUGAGCUUCGUAACAAAGUGAUACAGACUGCACAAGAUACUUCAACACAAAUGACCAAAAUUGGUUGCUAUGUGUCUGUGUCCACAGACAAAUUAGUAGUCCCAGGGAAAUACUUUACUUCAAAGGAAAAGGAGGAACUUAUUUUGGAAAAGGUGAUUAUCUUGCAAAAAUAUCUCCGUCAAUAUCUUGCCAAAAUGUAUGUGAAUAACCUGAAAAUGCAGAGAGAAAAGCGGCGACAAUUUGAACGGCAGCGAUUGCUCCAACGAAAGCAAGAGAAAGAAAAAAGAAUCAAGUUAGAAUUUGAACGCCGGAUGCAUCCACGGGCCAACGAAGACUUUGACACACUCUAUGAUGCAUUAGAAAAAUGGCGCUUAGAAGAAAUUGCUUGCAUCAAUGCAACAAUGACUGGUGCUGAACGCAAGGCAGCCUUAUACAUGUUGUUGAAUCAAGAGACUGAACACUUGGCUGCAAUUGGCAGGCACAGACUAGAAGCCGAUAUGGAAAACAGAGAGAAUAAAAUCCAAAACUUCCUUAAUAAGACAGCUGCACCGAAAGUGAUUACUUCCAGUUAUGACAAUCAACCAACAGCCAUUGAUACGCCCUAUACUAUCCGUGCUAAAGAACUCAGGGAUAUUUAUAAUAGCAUCAUUAUGAAACACUUAACUCAGGAUGAACGGCUUGAUAUUCUUCUCACCUUGAAACACACUGUGCAGGAGCAUGAUUGCAAACUGACCCAAGAAAUUCUGAAGCUAAUUGAUCGAGAAGCUGAUUUGCUUGUCCGAGGUGUUUCAAAUGAAAAUCUGGAGGGACUGCGCAAACGAAUCGCUACACUCUUUUUGCAGUACAUCAAAACGCCAAUCUUUAAUCCUGAGUCAUCUAAAUUCAUUAAGGUGCCUCCAGAUCCGACCAAGAUUUCAGGGAGGAUUUAUUUCUGUACAAGCUGCAACAAUUAUCUACUGUCUACUCAAUUCCCCCUGAACGUCAAUGCUCGAAAUCCGGGCAACUGUCAGCAAUGCAAAAAGAAAGAUAAUGAAGGACGAUACAGGACUGACUACAGUAGCUAUAGGCACAUGCUCAAAGUGCUCAGGAUGACUGAAGAACCAUACAACGAUGGUUCAACUAUUGCUUUUAUAUUUCAGGAAGCAGACAUAUGCUACCUUGUGGAAAAAAUCUGGGGUAGUGAAAGUAUCAUCAGCAACAACAAUGACCUCUAUGAUUUGAUAUUUAUACGUUGGAAUUCAGAAAUACCUUGGUCUCCAUGGAACUGUCUUUUAGUAACAAUUGAUGAAGCAGAAAAGCAUGCCAAAAUUGGAGAUAUUCACAAGGGCUAUGAUCAAGUAUUUAUCAACAAAAUCAAUCAGAAACAUCAACUAGCCAAGCAUUAUUUCUCUCGUUUACAUGGAACUGCGGAACUCUUGCGCAAACAGCAAGUUAAUUUGACUGUCGGAAGUACUAAAAGAAAGGAAGCUUUCUCCAAACAAACCUCAUGCUCUACUCUUUACAGACAGUAG